CCGCUCGUCGGCUCCCGUAGGCGGUUAUGUGCUUCCAUUUUUUUCGUAGGGCAUUGCAAGGGCGUACUAAACCCAGGGUCCUCCUUAUGGACACUCACGUUUUGAAAAUGGCUGCUUCCGUCUCAGGAUUACUAAAACCAUGGACGUCAAGAGUGGUCCUGGUGAGAUGGAGCAGAUACAACCCGUACUAUCUGGAGCCAGAGGUCAGAAAAGAGGCUUACAACCGUCCGGAGACGGAGCUGAGUCCCGAGGACCAGGAGGAGCGUCAGCUCAAAACGCUCCGACCGAUUAAAGCCGCCACCAGUGGAGUAACUAGCUCUGUUUUUGAUGACCCAGUCAUCAGUAAAUUCAUCAACAUGAUGAUGAGACAAGGAAAUAAGGUGUUGGCCAGAGAGAUCAUGUUGCAGACACUAGAGAACAUCAAGAAGAAACAAGUGGAGAGAUACCACAAAGCUACUGGGGGACAAAAAGAGGAGAUCGAGUGUAAUCCAUAUGAGAUUUUUCACCAGGCUUUGGAGAAUUGUAAGCCUGUCGUUGGAUUGGCCAGUAUACAGAAAGGAGGAAAGUCCUACCAGGUGCCCAUACCCCUCACAGACAACCGACGCCGCUUCCUUGCAAUGAAGUGGAUGAUCACAGAAUGCAAAGAAAACAAACACAGACGCACUCUCAUGUAUGAGAAACUUUCCCAGGAGCUGCUGGCUGCCUUCCAAAAGGAAGGCAACGUCAUCAAGAAGAAGCACGAGCUGCACAAGAUGGCGGAAGCCAACAGAGCCUACGCCCACUACCGCUGGUGGUAGGUGGAACCCCGGGACUGAAACGCAGCAGCAGGACGAGCGUCUGCAGAGCCGCUGGGAGCCAUUACUGCUCAAACCCCAUCAUGGCACAUGGCAGGAAACUGGGAACUCUUUCUGUGGAAGGACUACAGCCUAAAACAGGAAAAAACACUGGCAGAAUUCCUGGGAAAGGUCUACUGUCAGAUUUUAUAAUGAAUAAAGUGUAUUGUGUAGAAUAAA